UCAAUGGCUGGUAAUUUUUGGAGAAGUUCGCAUUUCGAGCAGUGGAUAUUAGAAAAAGGUGAUCUUUUGAGAGAAAGAGGAGAUGAUUUAAAAAUUUACACAGAGGAGGAAUAUCAAAAAUUGAUGAUUUUCUUUAUGAAUUUUAUCCAAACAAUGGGACAGUGUCUUGAAAAAGAAGUUAGUCAAUCAAUCAAUGAAGGGAGGGAUAGACCUAUUUUAAGAAUGCAGGCAAUUGCUUCUGCUUGUGUUUAUUUUAGAAGAUUUUAUUCAAAAAGGUCUUUAAAGGAUAUUGAUCCAUUUUUGUUAGCUGUAACUUGUAUUAAUUUGGCUAGUAAAGUUGAAGAAAUGGGGCAUUUAUCCCCAAAUAAAUUAAUAUCUGCAUAUACAAGAACAACAAAGAAAUGGCCGGUUAUUGAAUCUUUAAUAGCUCACAACCACCAAAUUAAUUCUCAUCAAAUAAAGGGAAGCGAAGCAGAAUUUUGUUUAGUUGAAAUGCUUGAUUGUUCUUUAAUUGUUUAUCAUCCUUACAGAUCUUUACAUCAAUUUAGAAAUGAUAUGAAGUCUUGUUCAAUUCAAAAUGUUGAUCAACUAUGUCAGGAUGCUUGGCGAGUAUGUAAUGAUGGAAUGAGAACAUCAAUUAUGAUUGCCGCUAUUUUAAAUGGCCGUGAUAAAGAUAAAGAAAAGGAAUUGAGAAAUUGGUUGGCAGAUUUAAAUGUUGAUUAUGAAAAAGUUUUUGAUAUUCAACAAAUAAUUUUGAAUACAUACAGAGUUUGGAGGAAUUUUGAUGAACAAACACAGUUGAGGCCUUUAAUUGAAAAAUUACCAAGACCAUUACAUUCUACACAACAAAUGUCCAAUAAUAAUAAUAUCCAAUGA